AUGCAGGGCAGCCGGCAGGGGCUGGGGGGCGGCGACGAGGACAUCGAUGCUGAGGAGUGGGAGGAGGAUGAGGGGCUGCUAGAGGAGGAGCUGCGGGCGAUGGGCGCAGCGCGGCCUGUGGUGGGGCAGGGUGGUUCGGCCCCGCCCUGGGCGCUCGCUCCAGAGGACCUGCCCUGGCCCCGCCUGGCCGCCGCCGCCGCCGCCGCCGACAGCUGCGCCGCGGACUGCGCUGCUGGUAGCGGCGGACUGGGCGCGUCUGGCGAGGUGGACUGGGCGGACCUUGUGCCCGAGUAUAGCGGCAGCCUAGCACCCCUGCUACACGGGAUGUACAGCGAGGAGGGCGCCGCGCUGCCCGCGCUAGACUGCGGCCAGGUGCUCGCCAGCUUCACAGAUGUUGACCCGGAAGUGGCGCUGGACCAGAUGCUCGUCAUCGCGGCAGCCAGGCGGCAGCAGCAGGAGCCCCUCAGCGGCCUGGCGCCCGGCGACAUUGCCGCCGUGUUGGAGGUGGUCGUCGGCCGUGCGGGCGGGGCCGGGGCCCCGUCGGCUGUCAGUGGACGCCAGGAGGACGAGGCCCCAGAGGCGCACUGGCUGCCACCGGCGGAGCGAGCAGCCACGGAGGCGCAGCAGCAGCAGCAGCAGCAGCAGCAGCAGCAGCAGCAGCAGCAGCAGCAGCAGCAGCAGCAGCAGCAGCAGCAGCAGCAGCAGCAGGGCGGCCGCGCCGCGGCGGCCGCACCCAGCAACGAGGGCGCCGGCAGCGGUGGCGGCGGCGGCGGCGCCGGCGCGGCGCCGCGCGAGAGCCUGGGGCAGGUGUGUGCCUGCAUCCUGUCGAAGCUCAUUAUGGACACCUGGCUGAGCGCCGGCCCCGAGGCGUCGGCGCCGCUGGUGCUGCGCAUGCUGCAGCAGGCGCUGCACCACGCUAGCCCCUCCGUGCGGGCGCGGCCGUUUGACGUGCUGUACAACCUGUCGAUCCACGCGGGCCUGCUCGCCAGCUGCGAGAGCGCGGGGAAUGGCGGGGACACGCCGCUGCAGAUGCUGUUGCCCGGCGGCGGCGGUGGAGGAGGGUUGGCAGCAGGGGGCCCCGCACGGCCGGGGAUCGCGCCGCCGUCGACGCCGCCCGAGACUGCGGGGCAAUUCCGGCUGGGCCGCAGCGGCGCGGACGUGGCCCCCCCGGCGGCGGACAGUCCCCCGGGCGGCGGGCGUGCAGCGGCGCUGGCCGCUUCGGGCGACGGCGUGGGCGAGCCGCGGCGGCGGGGGCCGGCGCCGGGUGCGCUGGAGCUUGGCUUUGAGGGGUGGCUGCGGCAGCUGCUGUUUGAGCUGCUGACGAUGCUGUCGCAGCUUGACGAGCGCAGCGCGGCCGUCUGGCAGUCGGCCGUCGGCUGCACCCUGCACCUCACCACGUCAGCCGGCUACUGGGUCCGAGCCGCCGCCGCCGGCCUGCCCCCGCCCGCGCUCCGCGGCCUGCUGCGCGCCUGCCUGGCGUUCGACUGGGCGCCCGAGCUGCACGCACACUUUGCGCAGCUCGCGCCGCUGCUGCUGUGCCCUGAAGAGGGCGGCGGCGGCGGCGCGGGCGAGCCGCGGCCGACGGCUGGCGACGCGGCCGGCGGCGGCCGCUUGCAUGGGCGGCGCGAUGCUGCGGCGACGGGGGACGGCGCGGCCGUGGGUGGUGGCUUGGGCAGCAUCGACCCUGAGCGCCUGGCGGGCUUUGGGGGGUCAGAGGAGGUGCUGCACCACUUUUGCCGUGCCGCGUCGCCCGAGGCGCAGCGCUGCCUGCUGCUGCCGUUGCUAGCGGAGUGCAUGCCGCCAGGCACGGGCUCCGCCGCCGCCGCGCGCGCCGCCGUAGCCCUUGGCGGCUCCCCAGCGCGGCUGCGCGCGCUGCAGUGCGCGCUGUGGGGCGCGCGGCCCGGCUUGGCCGACCCGAUCAUGACCGCCCUGGGCACCGCGCAGCCGGAUGGCGACCCCUCCGAGCUGCAGCUGGUAUGUUCUCUUGUGCUGGGUCUGGAGGAGAUCGCGACCCGUGGGGCCAGCGCCACCCGCAGCAGCGCCCCUGGAGGGAUUGAAGCCGGCGCGGGCGGCGGUAGCGGCGACAAAGGCGCCGGCCCCAGCGCCAGCGUGGCUACCGCGUCGCCUGGCGCCGCAGUCGCGGGCGCCGUGGAGCUGACGCGGUGGCAGGUGGCCGGGGAGCUCGCGGACUACCAGUCCGCCGCCGCCGCUGCCGCGUGGCGUGCGCUGCGGGAGCUGUGCUGGUGCCCCGAAGCCGCGGCGCGGGGCGCGGCGGCGCGGUGGCUGCAGCACUUGCUGGCUGCGGCGCUGGAGCACACGGCGGAGGCGGGGCAGGACCUGUUUCCCCUUUCCCUGCCGCCUGGCGCCGCCAGCCCCGCUGCCGCGCCGCCGUCCGACCCCGGGAUGGCGGCGCUGAGGGAGGCGCUCGCGCACGUCGUGGGCCACUGCCCCCUGGGGCCUGACCUCCUGAUCGACGCGCUGCAGCUCCACAUCACAGCCGCAAGGGCCUGGCCCGC